AUGAAUUAAGAAGUGGAAAAUAAGGAAGUUAAGGAUUAGAAAGACCAAAUCGAAUAAGAGUCUGAUGACAACGAGAAGAAUGACAAAAAGGAAUAGACAUUACAAUAAGAGUAGAAGAAAAAAAAGAAGAAAAAUAAAAAGAAGAAGAAAUGGGGAGAAGAAGGUAUCUAGAAAUGAAAUAUUAGAGGAAAUUAUGACUGAUUUCGAUGAUGAUUGGUAGAAUAAAGUGAAGAUGUCAAAGAUAUUGCAAGACCCUGAUUUACCUCAGCAUAUAAAAGAAAAAUAUGCAAUUUAUGAAAAUAACCCUUAUAUGAUGAUAGUGUCAAAUGUGCCACUGAAUGUGUAAUUGAAGGAAUUGGAGGAAUAUUUUAAUACACUUAUCACUUCCCUUGACCCAAAAAUCAGUAUUUAUAAAUUAUAUAUUAGCCGAAAGACCGAUCAAGGCUAUUGAAUAUGGGGCCACAAAGUCUUGGGUAGUGUUGGAAUGCAGUUCGAAGGAGGCUAAAAGAGCAUUAGUCACUUAAGAUUAGGUUCAAUUUGUUAAUAAUUGUAAAAUAAAAGUAGAGAAACCAAGGAAAUUUUUAGAAAGAAUUUUAAAUCCAUAAGCAAAGGAAGGGGAACUGAGUGCUGAAUAAAAAUAAGAAGACAAUACUAGAUUGUAUUUGGGAGGAUUACCAACAUAUCUGAGAGAUGAGGAUGUGAUGAAACUCAUACAAUCAUUUGGAACAACUAAAUAUUUCAAUUUAGUUAAGGAUACUACGUCCAAUACUGAGAUUUCCAAAGGUUAUUGCUUUUUUGAAUAUGAAAAAACUGUCUCAACUGCAAAGGCUUUGAAAGCACUCAAUAAUUUAUAGAUAGGAGACAAGAAAUUGAAAAUUUGUAAGGUUCAAGGGGAACCUUAAUAAAACAAAAAAAUUAAUGGAAGAGACUAGCCUUCUAAUUAUGCAGGUUCAUUUUUGGCUUCAUGUGAUUUAUUACGAUUGCCUUAAGUGUAAUAGAUGUUAACAAUCCCCUAGUCUGCUUUGAUUCCAAGUAAAGUUGUGCAAUUUUUGAAUAUGGUAACAAUUAAAUGAUAUAAUUAAAGUGUUCCAUUGAAGAUCUGUAUGAAGAUGAUCUUUACGAGGAAUUGAUGGAGGAUAUUAGAAGUGAAUGCAUUCGUUUUGGCUAGAUAGAGAAAAUAGAAAUACCAAGACCAGAUAAGGAAUCAGGGUAAUAAAUAAGUAAUUAUGAUUAUAGCUUUUGUAAUCCAGCAGUAGGAAAGAUCUUUGUGAAAUUCUAUUAUUAAAUUCCAGCUAAGAAAGCUAAAUUUCAUCUUGCAGGUCGCACAUAUAAUAAAAGGACUGUUAUUACUUCUUUUUAUCCUGAGGAACAGUUUGACUAUAAGGAUUAUUUGAUAAACGGAUGAUUGCUUGAGUUUUACGAUAUUUUAAUUAUUCU